GGCGGGCCCGGCGCCUCUGCCAACCCCGCCGGGCGCCCGGGACGCGGCGGGAAGGGAGAUCUUCCGCUACGGACGAAGCUUCGCUCCCUGCAGAAAGAAUGGAGCGGCCGCGGUUGCCGAGGGCCCCGAGCGGGAUGUGAGGGGAGGCGGCGGCGCGGCCGUGACGCGGAGCGGGGCGGGGCGGGGCGGGCGUGGGUCGGUCCGGCCAUGCCGAAGCGCUCCUGCCCCUUCGGAGAGGCGGCCCCGCUCCAGCUGAAGACCCGCGUGGGGCUGCGGGAGCUGAGCCGCGGCGUGCGGGGCGAGGAGUACCGGCGGGAGGUGUUCGAGCGGACCCGGCGGCUGCUCUUCAGGGGUGCCCAGGCGUACAUGGAGGGCGCGGCGGCCGCUGCUCGCCCGGCGGAGCCGGGGCCGGCCGGGGAGGCGCAGGGCGAGGGGCCCCGCUGGAACGGGCAGCUCCUCAUCGGCCACGACGGCAAACUGCGGCGGCGGCCGGCGGACAGGGCAGUCCCGCCCGUGGGAGCGUCCAGAGCCUGCUCGUCGUGCGUGAGAACGGCCGAUGUGAAGGACGCGUGUGCGCAGUGUGAGCGGCUUGUGUGUCAGAGCUGCAGCCGGCUCUGCAGCUGCUGUAACGCGGUCACCUGCUCUUUGUGCUCCACCGUUGAUUAUGGUGAUGUGGGAGAGCAAGUUCUCUGCAAUGGUUGUUCAAUAUUUCAAGUCUGAAACUUGCUGGAAUAACCCUUGUGGCUAAAACGUCCAUGAAUUUCAUGAAGUCUUCUCCUUACAGCUGGUCAAUUAAUCCUUUUAGCAUGUGAACAAGUUACGGAAUUUCUAUGUUUUUUAUCUUUAUAUUGUACUUUUAAAUAUUGUAGCUAAAUAAACAUUU